AUGGCUCUCUGGGAACAAGGAGGUGCAAGUGGUUUUCAACAACGAAAAGCUGGUGGUGAAAAUGAUAGUAAUAACUCUCAACGUUCAUCCGUGAAAGGUGUAUUAACAUGUACGAUAGCAACAAUUCUCAAAGCAAAACAUUCUGAAUCGGAUAAUUGCUUUGUUUAUAAACAUCUAAAAUUUAAUACAUGCAUGGUGAUGGGUUUAAUUCGUGAAGUAAAUCAUGAAGUCAACGGUAGUUUAGCUACAUAUCAAAUUGAUGAUCAUUCGGGUGAUUUACUUGAAGUAAAAUGGUGGCAUGAUGAUUCUGGUGAACCAUUGAAACCAUUAACUUAUGUUAAAGUAAUUGGCCAAGUGAAAGUUUUUGCUGGUAAAGCUCAUCUUGUUGCGCAUCAUAUUAGUAAAAUGCAAUCAUUAAAUGAAUUAAUUGCACAUUCUAUUGAAUGUAUUCAUGCAAGUAUAAGUAUUCGAAAGCUAGGCGAAAAUGGAACAUCUACAACAACAAACAAUAAUAAUAAUAAUCAAGGUGGAAGUAAUCCUUUCAGUCAACAAACAUCAAAUAUAUCGAAUGGUUUUACACCAGUUCAAAAUGCUGUUCUUAAUCUUUUAAAAACUGUAACAACAAUGGCUGGCUAUAGUGUUAUAGAAAUAUGUAAACAAUUGAAACAAUUUAAUGAGAAUCAAGUCAAACAAGCCUUGGAAUUUCUUUCUGGUGAAGGUCAUAUUUAUUCAACCACAGAUGAUGAUCACUUUCGUGCUGCUGGCAAUUGA